AAAGAUGUUUGAUGUGACAAAAAAAAAGCUUCGCCUUUUUUUACGUUAAGGGGGGGUUUUGGUUGAUGCUGUGUAACUACACAAGUCGACAGUUCUCUGACGAUGAAUUGAUUCCGCCUUCGCCACUGUCUGAACCUUCCUUCAUUUCUCUUCUUUUGUUUCCACUUGACCCAACUAGACCUCCACAACUGAAUCCGACACUUGAAACUACUUUACUGCUGAAAUAAGAUGGCCGAUAUAACAAGUGCCGUUGCCAACCUGGUGGCCAGUAUCUCUAGCGCAGCAGGACGUACUCGGGUCAACAAGAGAUCAUGCUUUUACCUGGCCCUCAGAUGUAAUUACGUGCUCGAACGUCUCGAGAAUGGAGAACUUGGUUCGCCGACCGACCCUAAGCUGAAGGGGCUGGUCGCCACCCUUGAAGCAUGCAGGAACGACCUCACCAAGUUCACAGGCCUGGGAUUUCUUAUGCGCCUCAUCAAGUCUGGAGAAAUACCGUUAAUCUGCGAUAUGCACGCGGAGAACCUGGAUUGGUGGCUGGCCACAGUUCCUGAGAGAAUGUCCGACGCAGAGUUGCUUGACGAGGAUUUGGGGGCUAUACGCCUUGAGGAGGGAGUGUCCAGGAAUCAAGAUGAAGGGAGAGCGAUUCUACGGUCCGAUAUGCCCUCUCGGAUUUCGAAAGUCCUGAUUGUGGACCCAGGCAAACUUGAGAUUGGAGGGGAAGUAGGAAAGUUCCCAUUUGGAACCAUUUACAUGGGGACUUACGACGACAAGCCAGUCUAUGUCAGGGAGGUAGGCAAGGAGUUCGCAGGUGCCCAUCUCGAUCUUAUCAUGACCAGUAUCCGCCUUAGCAGGUGUCUUGCGGACUGCCAGAAUAUCCUUCACGUGCAUGGUAUCUCUGAAGGAUUUCGUAUCGUGACCAACGCUACCACCCACGGUCCUUUAAGUGAAUUCUUUAUCAAGGAUGCGCCGCAGAAGGUUGCCAUUGCGCGCAAGGUCGCUGAUGCCAUAAUGGCCAUGCACGACAUUACGGCGGGCAGGGAGUGUGUGAUCCACAGGGACAUCAGGGCCGCCAAUGUUUUGAUCAACAAGAGCCAGGAUGGGGAUCUGGAGCCCAAGAUCACUGGAUUCGAGAUGUGCAAGCAGAGUACAUCCCGUACUGGCCAAUAUCCUGAGAUAGAAGAGAGUUACCGCAGGUGGUGGUCCCCUGAAAGGACCAGCAAAUACGGAACCUCCACAAAAUCGGACGUUUACUCAUUCGGCGUUCUCAUGUACGAAAUCUCUACCGGUAAAGAGCCAGGGGAUGGGGAUCUCGUGAAGAUGGAGGGCAUGAGGAUCUGCGCCGAGUAUACCGCGUUGAUGGAGAGAUGCCUCGAUGACCACUACGAUGCGAGGCCGAAAAUGGAUCAGGUCGUCCAGGAACUGUUAUCGAUUGAGAACAUCCUCAUGGUUGGCGUAAGAGAGCCUUAGAUAGGCGUUUUUUCUUUGUUUUUAUUUUAACUUGGAGUAAAUAUGCUGUGAUGGAGUGAAUAGGGGGU